GCGUUUUGAUGCAUUUGGUUCAUUAUUCAGCAGAGAAGUUAAAUUGAAAAAUGUCUACUCUAAAUAAAAUACCGUUAAUAACACUAACUUUGUGUGUAAUCCUUUUCUUUGGGUCAUCUCUGACAUCCUUAACGAUUAAAGGAAUUAAACAUGCAAGCAAAUCAAACGGAAAUACAUUCAACAUGAUAACUGAAAUGUCUCUCUGGGCAUGCGUAGAAAAAUGCCAAGCUAAAACAGAAUGCGAAUCUAUUAACUACGACCGCUUCUACAGAAUCUGCGAACUGAAUCUAAAACCCGAAAAUGCAACAAUUCAACUUCAAAAGGUGGUUAAAACAAUAUAUAGCGAGAAAGAAUCGUGGAUGAUUGCAAGUGGCAAUCUUUGUAAUAGUGAUCCGUGCGAGGAAAACAAAACGUGUGUUGUUGAAGACAACAACGUUGAUUGUGUAUUUGAAGAAUGUAGAGAAAGGCCAACAAUUGUAAACGGCAGUAUUUAUGGGAAUAUGAACAAUAUAGGGGCAGUGAUUGUGGUACGCUGUGAUUCUGGCUUUUAUCACAUUGGUGACAAUAUGCUCGUCUGUGAUGAAUCAGGACAAUGGAAAUAUGGUGUGGAGCCAAAGUGUGUAUUGCCAUGCUCCCCGCCACCAAUGGUUUAUAAUAACUUCAUUUUUGAUUACGCACAUAUCCAGACUACAGAAGGAAUUUAUUACGUCACAUCUACUAAUAUAAGUGAAAUAUCAUCUUUAAUAAUACUAGAAGGGUCACGUGUUACGUUCAAGGAUGCAUGCAAUGACGGAGAGUAUGCAACAAAUGUUCCAAUAAGUUUAUGUGACUCAGGGUAUUGGUCCAUGCCAACUACAAAAUGUAUUGUCAAGUGUCCAUUCUCCCUUAGUUACAGCUUCAGUAAUGAUGAAUGCAUCAGUUUAGCACAGUGUAAAAACGGGUAUGCCGACACAUUUCAAAGGUUCAAGUAUAAAAUAGCACUAGACAAUAAUUACGAGGAACUCACUAACGUCUCUGUUAGUGACUGCAUUGACCAUUGCCGAUCCGAUCCACUAUGCAAUUCGUUUGAUUAUUGUUUAUUACGGGCAGUAUUGCAGCUUCCAAAAAAAGUGUUUCCUUCAAAGAUUAAAUGGUUUGGAGGAAAUAGAGUAUAUAUAUGGGUCAAAAUGGACAUAUUUUCAACGUAA